AUGCAAAAAAUCUAGCUUCGAACAUAAAUACCCCAAAAACCUCACUCACUCUUCCAUCAAAUCUCUCUCUCUCUCUCUCUCUCCGGUGUUCUAGCAUGCAAACAAGAGAUGAUCAUCGCUGAGAGAAUUAUGCUAUCUAAUCUUCUUUCUGUUGCUAUUUUAGGACUGCUCACAACUUCAUGGGGAGAAGACAGGCUUUUGGAUCCAUCCAGGUUGGAAAUGUUUGUGGAUGAGCUUCCAGACAUGCCCAAAAUACAAGGCUUUCAUGUUGUGUCUGGUGUUCUCAAGUCCAAAUCACUGAAGAUUGGCAUGUUCAAGAAGAAAUGGAAAUUCCAUCGAGAUCUACCCCCGACCCCGGUGUUUGCCUACGGUCUGACCAAGGACAAGGCAACUGUUCCUGGUCCAACAAUCGAGGCCCUUCAUGGAGUUGACACAUACGUGACGUGGAGAAAUCACCUCCCUAGAAAGCAUAUACUUCCUUGGGACCCAACCAUCCCAACAGCCAUGCCAGCUAACAAGAAGGGGAUUCCCACGGUGGUUCAUCUCCACGGUGGCAUCGAUGAGCCCGAGAGUGAUGGAAACUCAAACUCCUGGUUCACCUCUGGAUUCAAAGCAAGAGGGCCCACCUGGACCAAGAAAAAGUAUCAUUAUCACAACCAACAACACCCUGGUAAUUUAUGGUACCAUGAUCAUGCCAUGGGAUUGACUAGGAUCAACCUCCUAGCUGGCUUGAUUGGGGCGUAUAUUAUUCGUCACCCGGAUGUGGAGACGCCACUUGGACUCCCUAGCGGCGAUGAAUUCGAUCGGCCGUUGAUCGUUUUCGAUCGAGGGUUUCGCACUGAUGGUUCCAUAUACAUGAAUUCCACCGGAAACAAUCCCUCCAUACAUCCUCAGUGGCAGCCUGAAUAUUUUGGUGAUGCCAUCAUAGUAAAUGGCAAAGCUUGGCCACGUAUGACCGUACGACGUCGGAAAUACAGGUUUCGAAUUAUCAAUGCAAGCAACGCUAGAUUUUUUAGGUUCUUUUUCACCAACGGCUUGACAUUCAUCCAUGUGGGGUCCGAUUCAGCUUAUCUUAAUGAGCCGGUGACGACCAAUGAGAUUUUACUGGGGCCAUCUGAGAUCACUGACGUGGUUGUUGACUUUUCCAUGUCAAAGAAUGACACUGCUAUCCUGGCCAACAAUGCACCCUAUCCCUACCCAUCGGGGGAUCCAGUCAACGAAGUGAAUAGCAAGGUCGUCAAGUUUGAUAUCCUCAAUCAUCAAGAAUUCGACACGUGGCAAGUUCCCAAGAAGUUGAUAGAAUACCCAGCUCCAUCUUUAUCCAGUGUAUCGCGCACACGGUAUAUUGCUAUGUAUGAGUACACGAGCGAUAUCGACGAGCCAAUUCAUCUGUACUUAAACGGGAAACCGUACGAGGCACCCGUUACGGAGACUCCUAGAGUGGGGGCCACCGAGAUCUGGAACAUAAUCAAUUUGACAGAGGAUAAUCAUCCUCUGCACAUCCAUCUUGGACUCUUUAAGACGUUGGAUCAAACAAGACUGGUGAAUUUGGAAGAGUUCAAGAGCUGCAUGACGAAAAUCAACGAUGCGAUCAAGUGCCAAAUAAGCAAGCAUGCACGCGGCAAAAAGAUAGAGGUGCUGGCUCACGAAAAGGGGUGGAAGAACGUGUACAAGAUGACACCCGGAGUUGUGACAAGGAUCCUAGUCAAGUUUUCUUACAUACACUCGAACGCAUCGUACGCCUUUGAUGCAACUUCAGAGCCUGGAUACGUAUAUCAUUGCCACAUCUUGGAUCAUGAAGACAAUGUGAUGAUGAGGCCCUUGAAAUUCUUGAAUUGAGAAGAAUAUCCACAGAUGAUAUAGUACGUAGAGAGCCAAUGCAUAUUGAUUUUUGUAAGUCACUUUUCUUUACUAAUCUUGCUAUGAUAUCUCUUAUUCUGUUUUUAGAGACAAAUUCCUUUUUUUAUCUUUAAGCUUUUCUUACUCUGGAUCAGCUUUGAGAAACUAAGAAAUAAUCCUGUCAAUGGAGUGGUCAGAAUGUGUGUUUUUU